AUGCAGCCGAAUCAUUAUGAUCUCCUCAGCCACGGCCCUGAUGGAACGCCUGAGGCCAGACCAUCCAUCCAGAUGACACGAGAGGGCUAUCAGAUGGCCAGGGACACCCGUACUGGGUCACGAAACCAGUCGGGUGCGAUUCCCAUGCGAUCAGAAGACUCCUGGAUCGAAGUGUCGUCCCAGCCGUCAUCCUCUUCCCUAUCUUCUGCAGCGACCAACGACGAGAUCGUCACCACCGGCCUGCGUGUCGAACGCCAGGAGUCAGAAUCCCAGCACUUCCGCAGCCGACGGAAACGACGUUUUGCCGCUAGCUCAACCCAAGUCAGUUACUCUUCGCGAGAGCCCAGCAUUGCUAGCAGCAGUCAGGACGAGUAUGAGGAGAGUGAGAGCGAGUCGGAUAGAGUUCUCAGCAGCUCGAACGAGGAUAUCAUCACCCGUUCCCGCGGAGAUGCGCUGCUUCUACGGACGGGUUCGCUCUCUGAGACCACGUCGUCGAGCGAUGACGAUGAUCGCUCAACCGCACUCGGCCUACGAAUUAGCCCCUCACCAUUUGUUCCUCAGCCAAAUGUGUUUUCGCAUCCGCCUGCCUCCCAAACCUAUCACUCAAGAGUGAGGCCAUCUAAUAGGAGCCAGCCUAGUCCCAGCGUCGUCUCCAACAGCAGCCAGUCGACUGCUAUACGCCAUAGUUCCAGCUCGAGCACCCGGACUGCUCGCCGUGAGCGGCAACAACAUAGCCCGUACAAUAUGAUCUCGCCGUCUUACCAGGCAGACCAUGACGCUGCUCUUUGGGCAAGUCUCUCCACACUGCUUUCAUGUGCCGCAGCGGCGCGUGGCCUGCCCAAAAACGAUAGUCCUCCAGCUCCUGCAGGCCCUUCGACAGGCCAACCUACCAGUUUCCGACUGGUUCCGGAGUCGGUGGCGAUGGGGGAGGAGAGCAGCGACGCUGAGGAUCGUUCGACGCGUUCCAACACGGAUAGUCCGUCUUCAGCACCCCAUCGGCUAUCCCGACAGCACAAACCCGCGAGAUCCGACGCGUCGCCUACCGUGUCCAAGGCGAAACGGAAAACUGCUUCCUCCAAGGAUCGAAGCUCCUCGCAUGCUUCAGCAUCCAAAAAGUCACGUCGCAGCAAUCUGGCCGAGUCGGUGUCGAUGGUGGUGAGUCCGACGGUUAUGACAUGGGUGAUCAGCGCGGGCGUUGUUGUUUUGUUCUCUGCAAUCAGUUUCUCGGCGGGAUAUGCUCUGGGGAGAGAAGUUGGACGAACCGAGGCCAAUGGCGGGAUGGGAUCGGUCUUGGGAGGAAGUGGAUCGGAUCCUUUCUCUAGCGCGAAGGCCUCUGUCGGCUGCGGGAAGGAGGCCGUCAAAGGUGGACUCAAACGCCUGCGCUGGGGUGCGGCGGGCGGCUCUGGGUUAAUUGAAUAUUUUCGUAUUGUUGGAAGAGGUGUAUUUACGAGCAUACCCAACGAGAUAUAUAUAGUGAAACAGAGAACUACCAACGCAGAUAUACAUACAAAUGUAAAAAUUACCUCCACUGUUCUGGAGUACAGUACAUAG